CUAAACCCUCAGGUCAAAGAACAUUCCUAGACUUUUCCGCAGGAGCAAAUUCGCAUUCCAUGGCUUCCAUCGAAUCCAGGAACCACUGCAUCGGUAACGAAGAACAAAGAAGACACUCUUGGUACCUUCAACCCGACAUCACCCCACUCGUACAAAUAAAACAAAAAUGUCCUGUCGAUCGUCAGUGUAUCUAUCGAUCGCAGAUGUAACACAGUCUGUACCUGCGUAAUGGGAGAAGUCGCUGUUUCGUCCAUCACUGCACAUUUCGAGCCUGGAGCUCACAAGUCUUACCGAAUGCCUCCUCUCCUCAGCAAGUUGAUUCCGCGGAAAAGCUCAACCGAUGGAGAACGUCGCUUUUCGACAAUGACGUCCUCUGAGCCAUCAAGUUCGCCCUCGGAGUGUGCACAUGAGCCUAUACGGCCACCUGGGAAUCCGAGGUCACUGGAAGGUUUGUCAGACGAGGAUAUUGAGGUCCAGUUUGCCGGCGUCUAUCAAGCAAUUGUCACGCACGUGCACAAGUUUUAUACCACGGCCCCAUUGGAGAAGGGAGCGUAUCAGUCGGCUAUUGAACACGCAACGACGGGUUUGGGCAUCUCGUGGCGACAAUUACUUCCGCUCUUGAACGACCCGAAGACCAGACUGGGGACACUCACUUUAUGUAUCGCUUGGGCAAUUCUUAGCCGGAGUCUGUUGCUAAAAUUGGGAUUGAGUGGUAUUCCGGGAAGCUCGUUCCUACCUCCGGAGAUAGUGGAGUGUUUCCAAAGCUUCUCGGUCGGAAAAGGCGCUAUUGUGUCAGGCGGUGAUGAGAAAUGUCAAUGUCACCUCGACCUAGGAUUGAUAUCCCGUUGGAAACAAAUAACCGCCGAAUUACUUCGUGAGACGUAUGUCGAAGACGCAUUCUCUCAUUUCGACUCGCGGACCAUCAAUAUCGAGCGCGGCGUAAACGACCUCUAUUCCCUCCUCCGAGCAUACUCAGACACUUCGAAGGACGCGAUCGACGCCCGGACGACCGAUCUACGCAACGUAUUGAAGCAAGGGGCGAGAUUCGCGUUUACUCUAUUCGGCACACCGACCUUCUGGCAAUUCGACUGGAAAGCACCCAACGAGCCUGACGAGAAGACCUCAGACACAUAUGACGAGUGGCAUCCAGUGCCGAGGAGGCCGGCAGAGAGGGAACUGACACCCGAGGAUAUCGUGAUCUGGCCGAGUCUCGUAAGAGCGAUGGAUAAUGAGGGGCAUUAUGUCGAGAAUUCGGGUGGGCCGGGUAUUGGGAAGAAGAUUCACCUGAGCCAGUUUCAAUGAUGGUUUGGAGUGAUAUCACGAUUGAUCUUGUAGGAAUGACCUCGUGUAUCAAACAUACCGAUGUGGCUUGUAUUAGACAUAGACAAAAGCGCAGAGACAAUUCGAUGGCGGGGAGACACACCAAAUGUUGAGCUCAAACCCCCCGUUCUUUCGGCCUUUUCCAGAGAGCAUAGUAUUUCACUGAUUGAAGUUCAAGCCAGUAUGGGAUAUCCGUAGCUUAGUGAAGCCAAUACAAUUAGGGCACUAAAUGCGCUAUGUUUCUUUCAGCGUAACCUGUGUAGGGGAAGCCAAAGAGGUAUCAGAAGUACAAGGCAAAGGGAGCAAAAUAAGCACUGACAAGCAUAUUGGUACCAAUCAAAU